GUAAGGUUUUUGUUAAAUUAAUAAUUGAUAGCGUCGCUAGAGAGAUAGAGAGAAGGGAUAGAAAGAGCAGUGAUCGUUUUUGUAUAAAAGGAUCAUGAAGACCAAAUGUUAACCACUUGUCUUCAUUGCAUCAGCAGCUUCGUUUUCUUACGUAUCUAAAUUCCACUUAAAAUAAAACUAGAAGGUGAGCAUCUACAAUCCUUCCUUAAUAACAGGAUGCUUUAACUAGCUCUGAAUUGGACUUUGAAUCCUCAAAACCCCUAUGCAUUCUAGGGUUCGUCAUUUAAAGCUUCUUAGAUCCUUAGUCUAGUAAAUCGUCUCACAUUUAGAUGGCACAAGCUAAAAUCGAUGCAUUACUCAAACAAUGGAAAGAAAAAAGUGGUAAUUUAGAUUUAACAGCUGACCAAGAAACAAAAUUGAAACAAUGGUUUGUUGAGUGCUCUGAUAAAUUGAAACAACGUAAAGAAGGUGGUAGAAAAGUAAUAGGCGAAUUGAAAACAGCUGUUGAUGGUGGUGAUGAUACAGCGACUGAAGGAAAUUUACAAAAAUUACGUGAAGGUUUAAGACAACAUGAUCAAGGUAGAGAAAAAGCAUUAGAUGAAUUUGAUAAAAUUCUUAAUCCAAUUCAACGUGCACGAAUAGUAUUAUUUUCCGUUGAAGAAGCAAAAACAAAAGGACAAAUGGUUAGUUAUUUGUUAGACUCACUUUUAUCCGAAACGGCCCAAUAA